CUGAGACCCUUAUGAGGACAUUGAGACCCUCAUGGGGACACUGAGACCCUCAUGGGGAUGCUGAGACCCUCAUGGGGACACCGAGACCCUCAUGGGCACAUUGAGACCCUCAUGGGGAGCCCUGAUCCUCAUGGGGACAAUAAGAUCCUAUGGGCACAUUAAGACAGUCAUGGGGAUGCUGAGACUCUCAUGGGGACACUGAAACCCUCAUGAGGCCACUGUGACACUUGUGGGGACGUUGAUUCCUUUGUGGGACACCGUAUUCCUUAUAGAGACCCUCCAUCCCUUACAGGGACGUCCAAGCCAUGUGGGGACACCAGCAUGUCCUCCUGGGGACACUGUGGCCCUUAUAGGGAAAAAGUGACUCUGAUGGGGACGUGGUGUCCACGUGGCCAGGAGGCGUUGCUGCCAGGGCCAACGCUUUGAGCAGCGCCCUGCAGAAGGGCUGUGCCGCACCGAUGGCACCGGGGGGUUCCUCCUGCAAUACAGUGCUGAUGGUCGUGGGGCUGCUGUCGCUGUGCAUGGUUCCUGCAGUGCUGCUGGAGCUGUGGCAGCCGGAUCCCGUCCUCUUUGUGGAAGCUGGCGCUGCGGUGAGCAUCAGAUGUAUGGCAGAUGAGAGGAUGGAUGGAGCAGGCAAAGUGCUGUGGUUCCAACAGAGACCCGGAGAGUCGCCCCGACUGCUUCUGAACUGCAUAGAGAAAAAGUUGGAUGUGUUCUCCUGUGAGUAUCAGCAGUAUUGUGCUGUGCUGCACAUCCAGCCUGCUCAGCCCAAGGACGCCGCUCGGUACCUCUGUGCAAACUCCGUCGUCUCCAAGCUGAAGUUUGGCAAUGGCACCGUGCUGCUGGUGGGAGACAGCUGGAGGACCCACAGCUGGGUGCAGGUUCUGGCCACCCGCUGGUCCCCCCAGCCCCCCCUCAGCCCAAUCUGUGCUGUGGGUGCCUCUGGUGGCCCCGUCCUCAUCUCCUGGCCGGGGGGGAACCGUCCCCAGGAGGUGCUGGGGCUGGGGAACAGCACAGAGCUGCUGCUCAGCCCUGGGGGAGCUGGGGGGCUGUGUGAGGUUCGCUUCAAUGCUUCCGGGCCCCACAUCCAGAGGAGCACAGAGCUGCAUGAAGCUGUAGGUGGCUGCCCAUUGCCCAGCGUUGUGGGAAUGGCCGUGGCUGGGAUAUUGCUGCUGCUGCUCAGCCUCUGCCUCAGUGCCCGUUUCCACCUCCCUGCACGGGCAGCCCAAUGCUGGGACCAUGUUGCUGUCCCAUCUUCAGACCAUCAGCCAACGGUCCUGGAGCCUCCAGAAUCACAGGGAGAGCUGCUGUAUGCACACCUCACCCUAUCCGGACCCACACCGCCAUGACACCGCCAACCAACACCAUGCUGGGAUUUCCCAACCCGUUUUGCCUAAACAAAUAAACGGCUUUAAGCUUUACAAAA